UACCCUCCACCUACAUAUAUAUAUUCUUCCUAUCUUUUCCUUCUCUCUCAUCUUUUCCCUCUCUCUCUCUCUCUCUCUCUCUCUCUCUCUCUCUCUCUCUCUCUCUCUCUCUCUCUCUCCUCCAUAGCCAAAAACACCAUACCCUCUUCUUCUCUUCUCACACGACUUUGCAAAAUAUUGAAUCACUAGAAUUUAUCUUUUGCUUUUGUUUUUUUAUUCAAUUUUCAAUGGAUGGUCAUCAUCUCCAUCAUCAUCAACAUCAACAUCAUCAACAACAACAACAUCAUCAACAACAAAGACAACAACAACAGCAACAUCAACAACAACAACAACAUCAGCAACAUGUUCAAAACAUCAUAGGAACUAGCAGUCUUAACAUGGAUGUCACCGAUAGGUUCCCUCAAUGGAGCAUCCAAGAAACAAAGGAGUUUCUCAUGAUCCGUUCAGAGCUUGAUCAAACUUUCAUGGAGACAAAGAGAAACAAACAGCUUUGGGAAGUUAUCUCUAACAACAUGAAGGAAAAGGGUUAUCAUAGAAGCGCUGAACAGUGCAAGUGCAAAUGGAAAAACCUUGUUACUCGCUAUAAGGGGUGUGAAACAAUGGAGAUAGAAGCUACAAAGCAACAGUUUCCAUUUUACAAUGAGCUUCAAGCAAUAUUCAGUGCAAGGAUGCAAAGAAUGCUGUGGGCUGAAGCGGAAGGAGGAUCAAAGAAGAAAGGGAUGCAUGCAUCUUCUGAGGAUGAAGAAGAGUUAGGAAAUGAAGAGAGUGAAGGAGAUCAUAAGGGUAAUAUUGGCAAAAAGAAGAAGAAAAAGGGAAAAAUGGUGGUAGGUGGUGGAGGAAAUGAUAGUGGUGGUGGUGGUAGCAACAAUUUGAAGGAGAUUCUUGAGGAGUUUAUGAGGCAACAGAUGCAAAUGGAAGCUCAAUGGAUGGAAGCAUUUGAGGCAAGGGAGAAUGAGAGGAGGAUGAAGGAGAUGGAGUGGAGACAAACAAUGGAAGCAUUGGAGAAUGAGAGGAUGAUGAUGGAACAAAGAUGGAGAGAGAGAGAAGAACAAAGAAGGGUUAGAGAAGAAGCUAGGGCUGAAAAGAGAGAUGCAUUAAUCACUGCUCUUCUUGAUAAGCUUACAAGAGAAGAUAAGUAGUAGUUUCUUUGAUAUUUUCUUCUAUGAAAAAUUGUCUUAGUUUAUUGGAGAUAGAUAUUUAUGAUCAUCAUUUUAGUGGUUUAGACAAUUUUUGUUUUGGAGUUUGGACUCUCUAGUUCUUUGAUUUUUUUUAGAAUUGUAUGACAUAAGUUAAUUUGUUUUAUGAUCUUGUUUUACAAAUCAAGUGCUUCUUUAGACAAUGCAAUAAAAACAUAGGAAAUUGCUUUUA